GGAGAGAACAGAGCUAGCAAGCUAUUAGCCAGCCAGUGAGAACAUUCCCUCUAGGUAAUCUGAUCACCAUGCUGCGGGUGAGGUGUCUGAGAGGAGGAAGCAGGGGAGCUGAAGCAGUUCAUUACAUUGGAUCCAUGCUAAGAAAAAGCUUCGUCGGAUGGGUGCAGCGAAGUUUCCAGAGCACCCAGGCAGCUGCAGUGUCAGAAAAACCCUGCGCUGCUGACGAGAAGGUCAGGGACACCGCCGCUCAAGAAUGUCCUGUCUGUUCUUACAAUGAAUGGGACCCACUGGAGGAAGUCAUCGUGGGCAGACCUGAAAAUGCCAAUGUCCCUCCAUUCUCUGUGGAAGUCAAGGCAAACACAUAUGAAAAAUACUGGCCUUUUUACCAGAAGCAUGGAGGUCAAAGUUUUCCUGUGGAUCAUGUCAAGAAGGCCAUUGAGGAAAUUGAGGAGAUGUGCAAAGUUCUGAAACAUGAAGGAGUUAUCGUGCAAAGGCCUGAGGUCAUUGAUUGGUCAGUGAAAUACAAAACACCUGACUUUGAAUCUACAGGAAUGUAUGCUGCUAUGCCUCGAGACAUCCUGCUCAUUGUUGGGAAUGAGAUCAUUGAAGCGCCUAUGGCCUGGCGAGCUCGUUUCUUUGAAUACAGAGCUUACCGUCCUCUCAUUAAGGAUUAUUUCCGCCGUGGGGCAAAGUGGACCACUGCACCGAAACCAACAAUGGCUGAUGAACUCUAUGACCAGGAUUAUCCCAUUCGCACAGUGGAGGACAGACACAAACUGGCUGCUAUGGGAAAGUUUGUUACAACAGAAUUUGAGCCCUGUUUUGAUGCUGCUGACUUUAUGAGAGCCGGGAGAGACAUCUUUGCACAGAGAAGUCAGGUUACAAACUACCUCGGCAUUGAAUGGAUGCGAAGGCAUCUGGCACCAGACUACAAAGUACACAUAAUAUCAUUUAAGGACCCUAACCCAAUGCACAUUGAUGCUACAUUCAACAUUAUUGGGCCUGGCCUUGUACUUUCCAAUCCAGAUCGCCCUUGCCACCAGAUUGAACUAUUUAAGAAAGCUGGCUGGACUGUGGUUACUCCCCCAACUCCAUUAAUCCCAGACAAUCAUCCUCUGUGGAUGUCCUCAAAAUGGCUUUCCAUGAAUGUCUUAAUGCUGGAUGAGAAGCGUGUGAUGGUGGACGCCAAUGAAACCUCUAUUCAUAAGAUGUUUGAAAAAUUAGGCAUUUCUACCAUCAAAGUCAAUAUUCGCCAUGCGAAUUCAUUAGGAGGUGGAUUCCAUUGCUGGACAUGUGAUAUUCGGCGCCGUGGAACCCUACAGUCUUAUUUUAGAUAAUCUAAGCUAGGAGGUCUAUUUUUUUGUGAAUAAAUAAAGUUCUUUUAAAAUAUUUCAGCGAUUAUCAUGCCUGCAAAAUUUAUGAAUAUCAGAUACAAUAGCUUAGAUUCAUUUUUGCUGAUUUCUGUUGCCGAAUUCAGAAAAAUAAUAGUUGGCCCCUCAUCACACUAUACAAUGUAUGGCAAUAAGGCACACUUUGGGACUGCUCACAACUAAAGGAAUCCACAAACUUACUCUAUCUGUCUACCUCUGUCUUAUCAGGAAAGGCAGCUUCAAUGCUAUUCAUGUUUCUAUUUUUUACUUAACCAUAAUCUAUGGUUACAGUUACAGUUUACUGCAUGAACAAGACACCUACAAGACACUGUUAUUGCCCAUUUGCACUCUAGCUUGAUAUAAUUUUGUUUGCUUAUUUUUUAAUACAGUCUUUUUACAAUAAAACAAUUGCACCAUUUGCAAAUUCACAGCCCCACAGUUUUUGUGAAUUUUAUUUCCCAGCAGCCACACUGAGGCUGGCUGUCUUUCCAAAAGCUGGGAGGCUAUGACUUUGACAUCUUAAAUGAAUGGGAUCCAUUUAUACAACAGAGCAAUAAGUAAUAAAACGAUACAAAGUGUUCUUCCCGCAUACAAAAUGUUUCCUUUACUGUGAAUCAUUGUGUAAAUUAAUAAACUGUAAGUGCAGUG